AUGGGCAUUACUUUGGAAAGAGAAAAUGGGACUUACAAGGUACAUGAUUUAUUUGUUGAGCACAACCACAUUCUUCAAACUGCACAAACAAGUCGCCUGAUGCCAUUACAGAGGAACAUUUCUAAGCAUCAAGCUGUUGAAAUUGAGGUGGCUGAUGAUUCUGGUAUCGGACCUAAAGCUGCACAUGAGUUUCUUGGUCGAUAUGAUGGUAGAUCAGCUAACCUCGGGUACACCCAUCGUGAUCAUAAGAAUUAUUUGCAAACUAAACGCCAAAGAGAUAUGCUGUAUGGUGAGGCUGGAUGUUUGCUAAAGUAUUUUCAAGAUAAAGUCGUGGAGAAUCCCUCAUUUCAGUAUGCAAUGCAAAUGGAUUGUGAAGAACAGAUAGUCAAUAUAUUUUGGGCUGAUGCAAAGAUGAUUAUUGACUAUGCUCACUUUGGCGAUGUCAUCACAUUCAACACUACAUUUGGAACCAACAAAGAAUAUAGACCAUUUGUUAUGUUUGUAGGUUUCAAUCAGUUUAGAGAGACUGUGGUUUUUGGUGUAGCUUUGAUGUAUGAUGAGACAUUUGACUCAUUCAAGUGGUUGUUCAAUGCAUUUUUGUCAACACAUAAACAAAAGCAACCUCAAACAAUUUUCACUGAUCAAGAUAUUGCAAUGGGAAAGGCGGUGUUUGAGGUCUUUACUAGUACAUGGCAUGGUUUAUGUACUUGGCAUAUAUCACAAAAUGCAAUAAAGCACUUGAGUUCUCUGAAGGAAGAAGGGUCAAGUAUCCUAUCAGAUUUCAGUUCUUGCAUGUAUGAGUAUGAGCAAAAGCCAGAAUUUGAAGAAGCAUUUGAUGCCAUGAGAAGAAAAGUCAGUAAAACGACUUGGUUAGAUAGCAUUUACAUGUUGAAAGAUAAGUGGGCUGAGUGGUACAUGCUGGACAUUUUUUCACUAGGAAUGCGAAGUACACAAUUAAGCGAGAGCUUAAAUAAUGCAUUGAAAGGCCAUUUGAAAUCAAAUCUUGACAUCAGUAGGUUCCUCAAGCGUGUAGAGCUUGUUAUUGCAGAUAAGAGAGAGAAGGAGUUACAAGCUGAAUUUGAAUCUCGAAAGAAACAACCAAGGAUUGGGAUGAUGGCACCUAUGCUGAUACAAGCAAGUAUGAUUUACACACCUGCAAUAUUUGAAGUCUUCAAAGGUGAAUAUGAAAAAUACCUGGCAGCCUACACAAUAGGUUCAAAUGGAACUAAUGAAUUCGUCAUUGCAAUUGGAGCUCUUGAAGAGACAUUUACACUUGAAGAAGAGCGCACGGUUAUCGUCAAUCCUGUUGAUCAAAUGGUCUCAUGUAGUUGUCGACUCGUUGAGAGAAUUGGUAUAUUAUGUAGGCAUGCUCUGAAAGCUCUCGAUUUGGUGAACAUUAAGUUGUUGCCUAAAAGAUACAUUUUGAAGCGAUGGACUCGAGGUGCAAGGUCAGGGAUUAUCCAAGAUAUGCAUGGGAGGGAUAUAGUGGAAAAUCCUAAGUUAAAUGCUACACUUCGGUACAAAAAUCUUUGCAAGAGAUUCCUUCCAUUGGCUUCACGAGCUGCUGAUUUUGAAGAAUGCUACUUGUUCGUGGAAGAGGCACUUCAUAGUAUGAGCAAACAGGUGGAAGAAAAAAAUCAAAGAUAG